AUGGCCAACGACGAAUAUGAUUUUCUGUUCAAAGUGGUGCUUAUUGGAGACUCCGGCGUCGGCAAGUCCAACCUGCUGAGUCGAUUCACCCGCAACGAGUUCAACCUGGACUCGAAAUCCACAAUCGGUGUAGAGUUCGCAACCCGCUCCAUUCAGGUGGAUUCCAAGACGAUCAAGGCACAGAUUUGGGAUACGGCUGGUCAGGAGCGCUACCGUGCCAUCACAUCGGCCUACUACCGCGGUGCAGUCGGUGCCCUCCUUGUUUACGAUAUCAGCAAGCACCAAACCUACGACAACGUCAACCGGUGGUUGAAGGAGCUGCGGGACCACGCCGAUUCCAACAUCGUCAUCAUGCUUGUGGGUAACAAGAGCGAUUUGCGACACCUGCGCGCCGUGCCCACGGAGGAGGCCAAGCAGUUUGCCAGCGAGAACAACCUUUCCUUCAUCGAGACCUCCGCCCUGGACGCUAGUAACGUUGAGCUGGCCUUCCAGAACAUCCUCACAGAAAUCUACCGCAUUGUUUCCAGCAAGGCCAUCGAGGGCGGCGAAGGCGGAUCGGGCUCGAUUCCCGACCGCCGCGUGAUCGACUUCACUCCGCAGGACUCGGAGCAGAAGCAGGGCUGCUGCUAG